UUAAAAUAUCAUGUGAUAUAAAAUCUUUGAUAAUUUUAUCGGUAAAUGAUGCAAUCGAUUGUCCGUUCCAAUUCGAUACUGAGAUUAUCAUCUCAAUUUUCUAAUCAUAUUUUACUGAAAAGAUUUAUCGGAUCCAACACUUUCGAUCAAUUAUCAUCAAAAGGAUUGUUUUGUUCGCAUUUUCCGCAAAGUGCAAACAUCAAUGAAAUUUUAUCACGAAAACAGAUAAUCUAUGCUGGUUUUGAUCCAACCAACAAAAGUCUCCAUGUUGGAAAUCUUUUAGUUAUAAUUUCAUUACUUCAUCUACAUCAUCAUGGUCAUCAAAUCAUUCUACUAAUUGGCGAUGCUACAGCCCGUAUUGGUGAUCCUUCGGGUAAAGUACAAGAACGACCUAUACUUUCAGAUAAUUUUAUUGAUUUGAAUGCCAUUGGUAUUCAACGAGAUGUACAACAAGUUUUUGAAAAUUAUCAAAAAUAUUUUGCUAAAAAUGACAAUAGCGAUCGAAAAUUUAUUACUCACCUAAAUAGUGAAUGGUUUAACAAAAUGAAUGUUGUUGACUUCAUCAACAAAUAUGCCCGGUAUUUACGUAUGGGUGAUAUGUUGAACAAAAGUGCCAUACGAGAGCGAUUAGAAUCUCCGAUUGGUCUUAGUUUUGCAGAAUUUGCCUAUCAAACUUUUCAAGCAUAUGAUUGGUAUCAUCUCUACAAGCGUUAUGGAUGUCGAAUACAGGUUGGUGGUAUUGAUCAAACAGUAAAUAUUCAUAAUGGUUAUGAUUUGAUCAAAAAAAUUGAUCAACAACUUACAUGUGGAUUAUUCAUUCCAUUGAUUACGGACAAAAGGGGAAAUAAACUUGGUAAAUCCGAAGGUAAAGCCGUAUUUUUAAAUCCCGAAAUGACGACACCGUUUGGACUUUAUCAGUAUUUUAUGCGAAUACCCGAUCGUGAUAUCAACCGUUUAUUGAAAUUAUUUUCAUUUCGACCCCUAACCGAAAUCGAAACAUUGAUACAAAUUCAGAUGAAAAAUCCGAAACCAUGGCAAUUACAGAAACGCUUAGCAGAAGAGAUGACAUUACUGGUACAUGGACAAGAUGGUUUAGAUCAGGCGAAACGAAUUACAUCCGCAUUGUUUGACAAAAAUCUUGAUCAAUUAGGUGACCUUAACGAACAAGAAAUCAAUGAUGUUUUCGACGGUGUUCCUACUAUUCAUAUGGAAUUCAUCAAUCAACAAACUACCGUUCUGAGUCUGGCAAUGCGAACGAAUUUUUUUCAUUCCGAAAUCGAAGCAAUCAAUACGAUUAAGGAUGGUGGCCUUUACAUUAAUUAUAAUCGUCAUUCUAAAGCGGAUGAUUUCAUAGAAGAUAAACCCGAACAUAUAAUGAAAAAUCAUAUUACAAUAGUUAGCUUAGGCAAACGAACUCAUUGUUUAGUAAAAUGGCUAUAAUAAAAAAAAUUAAGCUUUCCACAAUUUUAA